CAGGGGCGGCGCUCCGUGGCCGCCAUGGCGCUGCGCGGCGCUCCGGGCCGUGGCCGCUGGCUGGCGCGCGCGCUGGCGGCGCCGCCUCAGGUCACCUCUCCGCGGCUGUUCGCCGCCGUCGCCUCCUCCUCCUCGGCCCUCUCACUGACUAGAUUCCUCCCGCUCCGGACCAGCGGCUCCCGCUCCGGCCCGCCGCCGGCCGGCUUCCUUCCCCUCCGGCCAGUCACCGCCUCGGCUCCGCCGCUGCCCGGCUUUCGCCCUCUCCGUCCCGUUGUGCGAUUUGCCAGCACGGCCGGGCAGGGGCCGGAGGCCGAGGGCCCGCAGCGACGGGUGGUGGUGGUGAGGAUCACCAGCCCCUUUGUCUGGCUUCGUACUCGCUUCUAUUACCUUCUCAUUCGCCUCUACUUCGACCAGGAGUUCAGCAUCGAGGAGUUCACGCGGGGGGCCAAGCAGGCUUUCUCUGUUGUUUCAAAGCUGCUCUCUCAGCGUAAACUUGACCUCCUGGAUGAACUUGUAUCAGCAGAGGUACUUCAAGUGCUGAAGGAAAAGAUUUCUGUGCUCCCUGACAACCAUAGGGAUGCUUUAUCAGCUGACAUUGAUGCAAUCAUGUAUACAACAGAAGGAGAUGUUCGCAUUUACUAUGAUGAUGAUGGAAGAAAGUUUGUUAGCAUCCUGAUGCGUUUCUGGUACCUGACUGGUGCCAACCUACCUGACGAAGUACCAAGUGAAACCAAAGUUUUCCAGAUCAUGUUUGGAGAUGAAAGCACAAAAGAAAAAAGACAUCUUUUAACAGCAAACUAUGAGUUCCAAAGGGAAUUUACAGAAGGAGCAAAACCAGACUGGACAAUUACACGAAUUGAACAUCCAAGCCUAUUAGAAUAAAUGUCUUCUACAAUCCUUUUAUGUACCAUUGUGAAUGUUCUGAUUUAACAAAUAUCAGGCUCGUUUUGGUCUCUUUUUUUUUCCUCUUCCUCUCUUCUCCAAAAGAGGGAUGAAUUUUGUACGUUUGAGUUUUCAGAAUUGUUUCUGAGACUUGCACUGGGCUGCAGCUUUACAAUAAAGCCUUUUCCCUGGAGAA